UGUAAUAGAGCGUCGGAUGCACGGCUAGCUGUAAUGCUGUAAGUGAUCCGGUGUCUGUCUGCCUCCUUGCUGUGUAGGCUGUGCUUUGUCUUGUUGCCAGCGCUCUGCUCCCAACACUGCGUCAGUUUCACCUGAUCAAUCACUGCGUGGCCACAUUAAUCAGCACAAAAAACACACACACACACAAGGCGCCGGGAGCGAGAGGAGGGAUAAAGGAGCAGCUUUCUGAAACUGGUCCCAGUUUUAUCCUCAAAACCUAUUCAGUCCACACAAACCGAGGAAGGAAAAAUACACAAGGAUCGCCCCGAUUGCAAGGAUGCUGAUGAAUACAAUCUCAGCCCCGACACAAAUGUUAUGUGUUUAAUUUUUAAGGACAAUUCCUUUGACGGUCAAUUCUGUUUUUUAUCGAUGGAUGUGAGCUCCCUUUGCCCCUGAAUCAAUAAUUUUUUUCUCCUGAAGAUUGGUUGCACUUUUGUUAACACAAAGAAGAUUCCAAUAUGGCAAAUCAAGUGGCGGUGAAUGGCGAGACCCGGGGCUUCACAUCGAAGAAGACGACCAGGGACUACGAAUCGUCUUUGGAACUGUCCGUGCAAGCGCGGAUAUUUAAAAUCAUUGUGAUCGGGGACUCCAAUGUCGGGAAGACGUGCCUGACCUUCAGAUUCUGCGGGGGGACGUUUCCCGAUAAGACUGAGGCCACCAUCGGAGUGGAUUUCCGAGAGAAGCCCGUGUCUAUCGAAGGAGAAACGAUCAAGAUUCAGGUCUGGGAUACCGCGGGACAAGAACGAUUCAGGAAAAGUAUGGUACAACACUACUACAGAAAUGUACACGCUGUGGUAUUUGUGUACGAUGUAACAAAACAAAACUCCUUUGAAAACCUGAAAGCUUGGAUUCAAGAAUGCAACAACCACUCAGUGUCACCCAGUGUGCCACGGGUGCUGGUCGGUAACAAAUGCGAUCUCACCAACGAGAUCCAGGUAUCUUCCAAUGUCGCGCUCCGCUUUGCAGAUGCCAACAACAUGCUUUUGUUUGAGACGUCAGCUAAAGAUCCAAAAGAAAGCGACCACGUGGAAUCCAUUUUUAUGUCUCUUGCAUGCAAGCUGAAGGCACAAAAAACAUUGACUUUCCAAGCGGUGCAGAAAAAAGAUAGUAAAGUUCAGGUUUCACAGUCAAAUGCUCGCAGUACGUGUCCAUGUUGAGUGUUUAGCGUGCGGUGGUGAGAAUGGAAGCUAUUAGACUGUGCCUCUGUCAGUUUAUUAAAACUGUUUGCUUGUACUUUAAUGUAUACAACAUUUGAGACAACAAAUUUGGAGUUCCUGAGACCAAACGAUUUCAAUUAAGUAAAUUUGUUUUAUAACAUAUCUAUAACCUUUCAAUGAUUUAAGCUAAUUUUCAAAUAAACAUUGCUAUUUGGAAAGUAUCUUGUGAAAUACUGCCAAGUUUGUAAAUAUGCAGUGAUGUGCAAGUUGAUGGGUUGCCUUCACAAUUGUAUUGUUAAAGUUCUGGAUGCAUGAAAUAUAAGGGCUAUUCCCAUAAUUGUAAGCUAUCUAUGGAAAAUUACAUUUAAAGGGUAUACAGGUUAGAGAUAAGGCAAUAACAUUGCAGCCCUGAAGUUUCAAUCUGUGCUCCCAGUCGGGUGCAUUGUAUUGUGGAAUUAGCGCAAGUCUAUGCUUUCAUGAUGCCAAUGGUUAGAGGUUUGAUGCUGUUCGAAGAACAGGAAUUCUUGAUUCUCGCGCAAUUCAUGUGGAUAAAUGUUGAAAUCAGUUGAUCAUUUUUUAGUUUUAUAUUAAAAUGCUUUUUCACAAGGGUAUUUUAUCUGUGGAAGUCCCUCAGGGAUCUCUGGUGAGAUUUCUAACUUUGAGUUAUUUUCAAUCUCUCAGAUUAAGCUUCUUCUAUUGAUUUGUAGAAGCCUGGACCAAAUGCGUAGGAAAAUUCGAAUAGACCAUGAGUGAAGCAAAAGCUACUAAAGAUAGACAUGAUAAUGAAGGAGGUAUUUCAUAGGUCUAAUCUUGAAUUUGACAAACUUAGAAAAUAAAUUAUAAUCUCAAUAAAUGCAAAUGCUUUUGCAUAAUAUUUGACUGAAAGGCAGUGAUCAGAUUAUUACUGGUGAUAGCAAUUCACGGUAAUCCGAGCUGUGACUGAAUGAGACAUUGCAAAAGAAUGUCUCACGUUUUAGCUUUGUUGGGAAUUCUAAAACUCAAGAGAGCUUCUGUCACAGAAAACUGGGGAUGGAGCAUAAGGAAGGGGAAAAAUUAUCCAAGAACAAUUUGAUUCCAGCUUUUUAUAAAAUUCAAGAAGAGAAUUCAAGGCAUGGUACCCAGUUCUCUUAACAAAUGCCUGGACUCAACACUUUUGCACGAGUCACAAGCUUCCCUUCCUCUUGUGUGUUAAAGUAAUAUUUGCUAGCGCAAGGCCUGUUGGAUUUAAUCCAGCAGUUACUUUUCUCUUUAGAAUCAAGCGUUAAAUCUCUGAAAAGCAUAACGCACCACUAAUCUAUUCUGGGAACACACAAUUGACUGGUGAAUUUAGAAGAGCAGUGGGAGUUUUUCUCUUCUAUAGUCCCCUGUUCCCCAAAACCCAUGCAUGUUUGCAGACUAUUUCAACUGCUGGUGUGAAAUAUAUCUUUACAUUUCAGUGCUAAUUUACCAAUAUUUUGCAACAUGUCAAGAAGAUGCAUUAGACUGUACAUGGAUUAGACCAAACAGGACUGCUAUUUACUGAAGACUUGGGACAGACGAUGGUGCUGGAACUGAAUCUAAAGUACAUGUUAGGGAUGUUGUGCUGAUGAAAGUAUUGUACUGUAGUUUGUGGAAAUUCUUUAUUACUGAUAUGCACUGUGAAAGCAGCGUGUAAAUUUUCUUGUAACUUAAUACAAUGUAAUCUGUUUCUAAUAUAAAAGAAAAUUAAGAAUUAAGAAAAUAAAAUAUAAUACAAUUAUUUUGAAAAUCUUCUUCAGUCUUGGGGAUGAGGAAAUAAUCAUGGUAAGAGCUGUAAUGGAAAGUGUUCCCAGAUGGGAAAUUCCCCCACUUACAGGUACCACUAUGUCACAUACUAUCUAUAAAUGGAAACAUAAUGCAGACCCAUUGCCAUUAUUUGUCAAAACACUGAAAGACUCCAUUUAACAACACAGUAGAAAUAUUUUCGCUCUAGUAGGUUGACAAAGUAGUUUGUGUUCCCAAAGACAUUUAGAACAAACAUUAUAUGCUGACCUUGUCAAUGGCAUUCAGAGUAAGCAUCUAAGAGGAGGGUUUCUCAAUUUAUUUUUGAAAAUGAUGCCUAGAAAUAGACAUUGCAUAAAGCUACACUGCACCUUACUACAUAGUUUCUUCAUUAGGUUACAUCCACCCCACAAUAUGAGGGCAACAUUACACACAAC